AUGCGCAGUGUUAAACUGGAUACCAACCCUAACCGCAGCACAACCACUAACCCUAACAGUAGCACAGGCAAUAACACCAGCACUAACACAACCACUGAUCCUAACCGUAGCACAACCAAUAACCCUAAGAGUAGCACAACCAAUAACACCAGCACUAACACAACCACUAUUCUUUUGCCACUGUUGGCGUUUUCAUGUAUACCAGAACUCGAAGUAUUGGCAGUGGUCGUGCUAGUGCUUAUGUUAGUGGUCGUGGUUGUUGUGCUAGUGUUACUGUUAGGGUUAGUGUUGAUAAAAGAAG